CCAUUUGCGCAGCUCCUCCUAGAUUUCGAGAGAGAGAGAGAGAGAGAGAUUUUAGCGCUGAAGAUCGUUUCCGUGUCUUCGUCCUCCAGGUAGGAAUCUUAAGGACGCAGCCUGAGGCGUACGGCUCUCUCUCAUCUUCGAAAUCACCAUGAUCUCCCUCAGCCUCUCCUCGUCUAUGAUCAAGACGAGCGUUCCUGGUAGUAGUUGCACCCUUUUCUCUUCACGCCAGGCAAAACCAGCUCCAGCUUUCUUGCGAGUAAUCUCCGGCGAGGGAUCUAAUCGGGUUUUGAUCGAGACGACUGCAUCUUCCGAGUCCUCGGUCGAUGAGACCACCACCGUAUCCGGUGGAGUUCAGGAUGUGUACGGAGAGGACGCCGCCACAGAGGAUUUCCCCGUCACUCCUUGGUCUCUCUCCGUUGCCAGUGGGUAUACUCUGUUGCGUGAUCCUCAUCACAAUAAGGGCCUUGCCUUCAGCGACAGGGAGAGGGACGCUCACUAUCUUCGCGGUCUUCUUCCACCCACUGUCAUUUCUCAUGAUCUUCAGGUUAAGAAAAUGAUGCAUACUCUCCGUCAGUAUCAAGUUCCAUUGCAGAGGUACAUGUGUAUGAUGGAUCUCCAGGAGACGAAUGCGAGAUUGUUUUACAAGCUUCUCAUCGAGAAUGUUGAGGAGUUACUGCCGGUUGUCUAUACUCCAACGGUUGGCGAAGCCUGCCAGAAAUAUGGCAGCAUUUUCAUGCGUCCACAGGGUCUUUUUAUCAGCUUGAAGGAGAAGGGUAAGAUUCUCGAGGUGCUGAGAAACUGGCCUGAGAAGAACAUCCAAGUCAUUGUCGUCACCGAUGGGGAGCGUAUUUUAGGGUUGGGAGAUCUCGGAUGUCAGGGAAUGGGAAUACCCGUUGGGAAGCUUUCUCUGUAUACAGCUCUUGGAGGUGUCCGUCCAUCUGCUUGUCUGCCCAUAACAAUUGAUGUUGGGACAAAUAACGAGAAGCUAUUGAACGAUGAGUUCUACAUAGGGCUUCGACAAAGGAGAGCUACUGGAGAGGAAUACUCCGAACUUAUACACGAAUUCAUGACGGCGGUCAAGCAGAAUUAUGGUGAGAAAGUUCUCAUUCAGUUUGAAGACUUUGCAAACCAUAAUGCCUUCGACCUGCUAGCCAAGUAUGGAGCAACUCAUCUCGUUUUCAAUGACGAUAUUCAGGGCACAGCAUCAGUGGUUCUCGCUGGCCUCAUUGGUGCACUUAAAUUUGCCGGCGGAUCCUUAGCUGAUCACAGAUUUCUCUUCCUUGGUGCUGGAGAGGCUGGCACCGGAAUAGCUGAACUAAUAGCUCUUGAGAUAUCGAAAAAGUCCAAAAUUCCACUGGAAGAGGCUCGGAAGAACAUAUGGCUUGUGGAUUCCAAGGGAUUAAUUGUCAGUUCGCGCAAGGAAUCGGUUCAACAUUUCAAAAAGCCGUGGGCUCAUGAUCACAAACCGAUAAAAGAACUUGUUAAUGCUGUGAAGGCAAUCAGGCCAACAGUGCUGAUCGGGACGUCAGGAGUGGGCCGAACAUUCACUCAAGAAGUAAUAGAAGCCAUGGCAGACCUGAAUGAGAAACCCAUUGUUCUUUCACUUUCAAACCCAACUUCCCAGUCAGAAUGUACCGCGGAAGAGGCCUAUGCAUGGAGUCAGGGACGGGCGAUCUUUGCUUCCGGGAGCCCAUUUGCUCCGGUAGAGUACAAUGGAAAGAUGUUGGUGCCGGGACAGGCGAAUAAUGCGUACAUCUUCCCGGGGCUAGGGCUCGGGUUGAUAAUGUCAGGGACGAUCCGUGUUCAUGAUGACAUGCUCCUGGCUGCCUCGGAAGCGCUGGCAGAGCAGCUGAGGGAGGAGCAUUUUGUGAAAGGAUCCAUAUACCCUCCGUUCAAGGACAUCAGAAACAUCUCUGCUCGCAUCGCCGCCAAGGUGGCCGCCAAGGCUUAUGAACUCGGUUUGGCAACGAGGUUGCCUCAGCCCAAGGAUCUGGUGAAGUGCGCGGAGAGCAGCAUGUACAGCCCUUCCUACCGCAGCUACCGCUGAUUUUAAUUUUGACUUUUAACCGCCGCCCUUCACCAUUCUUUUCAUUAUCCCCCUUUUAUAUUUUUGUUUUUUUUACUUUUAUUUAUUAUUGUAUUUUUAUUUUUCACUUUGAAUCCGAAUGUUUACCCUUCCUCAUUUA